AUGAAGGAGCUCAGGCAUGAGAUAAUUCAGCUCAGCCAAGAGAGUGUUCUAGAUCUCACCGGAGGGGAAAUUCCCCAAAGUCUCUGGUGCAGCAAGUGGAGAACAUCAUCAAGAAAUCUAGAGGGGCGGAGCUGGAGCAGUGGUGGUGGCUGCAGAGCGGUCAGAGGAGCGAGACCAGAGCCAAGGCUAGAGCCAGAGCUGCAACUGCGGGCCACUUGGGGUGGCACUGGCAGCGGGGGCCCGGAGACAGCAGAAAUGGCAGAGCAUCAUAAUCCGUGUCCAAUCACCAGAGGGGCUGCAACAUUUUUGAAAAAGGUUGCAAAGGAGUUUGGCUUCCAGAAUAAUGGUUUCUCAGUUUACAUCAAUAGAAACAAAAUAGGAGAGAUAACAGCAUCAUCACCAAACAAAUCCCUUAACCUGUUAAAAAUUAAACAUGGCGAUUUGUUGUUCCUGUUUCCCUUGAGCCUUGCUGGACCCUCAUCUGACACAGAAACUUCUUCCACACAAGCAUUACGUGCUUGGGGAGCUCCCAAUGUGGUAGAAGAUGAGAUUGAUCAAUACCUUAGUAAGCAGGAUGGGAAGAUUUACAGGAAUCGAGACCCACAACUUUGCCGACAUGGUCCUUUAGGAAAAUGUGUGCACUGUGUACCUCUUGAGCCAUUUGAUGAAGAUUACUUGAACUAUCUUGAACCUCCUGUGAAGCAUAUGUCCUUCCAUGCCUACAUUCAAAAACUGACCAGAGGGGCUGAUAAGGGGAAAUUUGUUGCCCUGGAGAAUAUCAGCUGCAAGAUUAAAUCUGGUUGUGAGGGACAUCUUCCAUGGCCUAAUGGCAUUUGUACCAAGUGCCAGCCAAGUGCUAUCACACUGAACAGACAGAAAUAUCAGCAUGUAGACAACAUCAUGUUUGAGAAUCACACAGUUGCAGAUCGUUUCCUUGAUUUCUGGAGAAAGACUGGGAUCCAGCAUUUUGGGUACUUGUAUGGACAGUAUACAGAGCAUAAAGACAUUCCUCUUGGCAUUAGGGCUGAGGUUGCUACCAUUUAUGAAACCCCCCAUAUUGGUACACAGAACAGCCUGGAGCUCCUUGAAGACCCCAAAGCUGAAGUAGUAGAUGAGAUUGCUGCCAAACUUGGCCUAAGAAAGGUUGGCUGGAUAUUUACAGACCUGGUCUCAGAAGAUAUCCGAAAGGGCACUGUCCGAUAUAGCCGGAAAAAGGACACUUUUCUGAGUGCAGAAGAAUGUAUAACUUCAGGAAAUUUCCAGAACAAGCAUCCCAACAUAUGUCAGCUUUCCCCAGAUGGUCAUUUUGGAUCAAAGUUUGUAACCAUGGUAGCUACAGGUGGUCCAGACAACCAAGUUCAUUUUGAGGAUUACCAGGUAUCUAAUCAGUGCAUGAAAUUGGUUCGGGAUGAGUGCUUAUUGCCAUGUUGAGAUGCACCUGAGUUGGGUUAUGCCAAGGAAUCCAGCAGUGCAUAUGUGCCUGAUGUGUUCUAUAAGGACACAGAUAAGUUUGGUAAUGAGAUCACUCAGCUGGCCCGCCCACUCCCGGUGGAAUAUCUGAUCAUAGAUAUCACAACGACUUUCCCCAAGGAUCCAGUUUAUACUUUUUCUAUUUCACAAAAUCUAUUCCCUAUUGAGAACCAAGAUGUCCUAGGCGAGACACAAGAUUUUCAUAGUUUGGCUACAUAUCUGUCUCAGAACACCUCUUCCAUUUUCCUAGACAUCAUCUCAGAUUUCCAUCUGCUCCUCUUUCUGGUCACCAAUGAAGUCAUGCCUCUUCAGGACAGCAUUAGCUUAUUGCUGGAGGCUGUGAGGACUAGGAAUGAGGAGCUAGCACAGACUUGGAAGAAAUCUGAGCAGUGGGCCACCAGUGAACAGCUCUGCAGUACAGUUGGUGUCCAGAUUCCAGGAAUGCAUGAAUAUGGUGCCAUCGGGGGUCCAACACAUGCCACCUCCUCUGCAAUGUGGGCUUGUCAACACUGCACCUUUAUGAACCAACCAGGCACGGACCACUUCGAGAUGUGUAGCCUCCCUAGGACCUAACACUCCCCACCAUCCUCCUGGACAAACCUGGGGACCAGACUUACAGCCCACUUAUAAGCCAGGAUCAUUUCUCAUGAUUCUUCCCCUGUAGUGAUGCCCCAAUGGAGGGCAGACCUGAAGAAGGGGAAAAGGCUACCCAUGGGUCUCUGCAACCCACAGAAGCUUCUUGGCACUGUUCUUUCCAGAGGGUAUCCACUAGAUAGAGGGAUCCAAGGCUGGGUUUUCUGCCAGGCAAACUAUCCCUAAUGCAAGAAAGUCAGACAUUUAACCUCAGUUUACAGUUUUGCAACUUGUAUUUGAUAAGAACUACGCCCUUUUGUGUCACCUGGAAUUUGCUUUUCCUGCAGCCUUCCCCUUUCCUUUUGCAAAUUUCUCAAUUUUUUUAUGCUCUUGCCCUUUCCACUUCUUCUACUCCUAGUCCCCUUUAAAAACCAUAUUGGCCCUCUGCCCUGUCCUUUGUUUUCUACUCCAUUACCAGGUAUUGGAUGCCUUCUGACAGUGGCGGCUGCUUUUCCCCCCUUGCUGCUUGGCCAGUUAUCUGGUUAGAAUGAAAACCAGCAGGGUCAGAUGAGCUGUGUCUUGGGACAGGGGGCUUUCCUUGUUGAUUUGCAUGAUUUUUCCCCCUUUUCACCUCAAUCUUCCUCUCACCAGUCUAGGAGGUGAGAUUUAAAGAUCUACAUUGGUUAUAAUGACAGCAAUUUGUAAUUCUUUCCUACAGGCCUUUUUAGUUUGUUUUUAUUCUUAAAGAGAAAAAUACUGUACAAAAGGGGAGUGAGAGGCUACUUUCCUCUUCCCUUUCCUUCUCCCUUCUCAAGCUUUCACCUUAAUCAAUCCCUUUUGGGGUGUGUGUUUGUGGAUGGGCGUGUGUGUAGAUAAGUGUGGAUCCACAGUUAGCUAUCCUUUGAAGUAAACCUCAGUGACCAAGUCUUUCCACCAAGCUACAUAGUAAGGACAUUUUAAAAAGCUGAACGUCUAGAGGGGGAGAACUGAAGAAUGAGCUGCAUCCAGGCAAGUGGAACACUGGAGCUGAGCACUGGAGUUGGGCUGUUUUAGCUUUGUUUUGCUUUUUAAAUUUUUAAUUAGUGCCAUAGUCCCCUGGGUCUAGCAGAGGUAAGCUCAGCUCAACCACAGUAUUAAGUAUUGUGUUCCCACCCACCACCUUCUUUCCUCUUUCUACUUCCUGAGUCCUGGGUCUUCUGAUUCACUGGUAUGUCAACUGCAGCAAUCCCAGGAGGGAAUUUAGGGUUCUGCCAAGUGUGAGGUCUGUGCAAGGUCCCCUGAGAAGGCAGCCAAGGAAGUAGAGAAUGGCAGCUACAGGGAAAAAACAGAGGGCUUAAUGGGAUCCCUGGCAUUUAUUUACCGGCCUAAGCUCUGCCUGCAGGUGAGUAGGUACAUCAUAAGGCAACAUCUCACGGAAAUUCUUUAGAAUUUCCCUCAUAUUGAGCCAACUGGCCUGGGCACCUUGUUACCAUUUUGUCUUGAUGCCAAAUGCAAAUCAUCCUCAGCCAUUUAGCAUAAAGGAAAAGGGCACAGCUGCUAGAAUGCUUCUAUCACUUUUACACAUCAUAAUAUUUCUUGCAUAUGCUGAACCUUCUUUUCCUCUUGGGUUCUAGAGAGAAUGUUUGCAUCUGCUAGUUUGCAUGUUGACUUCUGAUGGUACCAGAAAGCUCAGUGUAAGCUUUGGCUGAUAUAUUUGGGCAGAAGUGGCUAGUGGCAUUAGUGGCUUUCCUGGCCAAGGGUUUGCCUGGUCUGUAACUUCCUUCAGGGGCAUGUGGUACUAUUUGCAUAAGAAUGAUUGGAGCAUGAAAUCCUGCACAGGGGAGCUCCUCUCCAAGGUAAUCUGUUCUAGAGCUAUUGAAAAUGGUUUUGGGGACUGACUUUUUAUUUAGAAUAGUAAAUAUCCUGAUUAGUUCAGACAUGCAUCUAGUUCAUAAUCUUCCAUUUGUGCAUACACUGAAAUCACUCAUUUUCAACCAAGUGGAGACUUAACCUUGUUUCUGAGACAUAAUAUCACAAAUGUAGGAUCAGAUCACAAGAAGAAAAGGCCUAGGCUCCUCCUCUGCUUGCUCUAGUCUCCUUUAUUUGCUGCUUUUGUUUCACUUCACUUUCAAUCAUUAUUUUUUCCCUUUGAGAAAUUCUGGCAUUCACACAACUUUCUUUGUCUUUUUUAUUUUAUUUUUGUUUUGGUUUAACUGCCUUAGUUCAACAAUGGACUUUGUACCAUUAUCCAAAGAAAGCCAGUGAGGGCUUGAUGAAACCAUAUAUAGAACAGUGGGGUUGGGAGGAGGGCCAGGCUCCUGACCAAAUCCUGGCCACUUCCUCCAACCCCACUGAUGUAUCUGAAAGGACAAUUUGCCUUCCUAAAUGCAGAAAGCCUGAAUUGAUCUUCCUUCUCCUACUUAUAGUAUAGACCAUUUUCCCUUUGUUGUCCCAGCCAGCACAUCUCCCUCAAUGUAGCCCUUUGCAGUUUCUACACUAGAAGAGUAAUGGUCCACAAACCAGGAAGGUGGUGACUGAUAGGGCUCAGGGUAGAAGGGAUUAUGCAGGCAGGUGCAGCAGCCUUUUUUGACAAGAAAGAUGUUGGUCUUUUCUUAGCCCACCUCUCUUCUCCCCUUACAGUUUGCAUAACUAAAAACUAGCUCUCUGGGGGUGUUGGUGCUCCAGCUUUGCUUGUUUGCAGAUGUGCAUUUGUUGGAUUUGGAUUGGAGUUCUCUUAAUUACAGCCCUGUAAGUGAAAUCUAAUAAAAGUACCUGAAAUGACAAAAAAAAGAAAAAGAAAAAGAAAGAAAGAAAUCUAGAGAUCAUUCUGGUGGAAGUAAAAUGAGCUGAAGAGUUAUGAAUGAGAGAUGCUCCUUUUUUGGAGGCUUUUUAGGGGUACAAAUGCCCUGAGAUUAACUGCCCAACUUCAAUUCACAUUUUUAGAAAUGCGGGAAGGUUGGGGGUUAUAAUUGUAUUUCACUUCUGCUACUAGAAUGGGCCUUACACCUCAUGUUAGGGGCAGGCAAAAAUGAC